UACCCCAAAUCCAACCCAAAUCAAAUUUCCCCAAACGGAGGAAAGAAACGGAAGCCGAAAAGAAAAGCGUGCUCUUUUUUCAUCCUUCGUGCGUGGUGCGCGAGCGUGCGCCUCCCUUACCAUCUCGCGAUCCCAAUUCGAUCCGCUCGCCAGCUCUCCCCAUCAGACCUGCCCUCCCCGGCCGGGCGAUUCGCCGCCGCUACUCGAAUUCGCGUGGACCCGUCAUCCAUUCUCGCUCCCCGGCGCCCCAAACCCUAGAUCCGCUGCUGUUCUUCCCACCGCCGCCGCCAUGUUCUGGCGCAUGACCGGCCUCUCCGCGGCCUCGCCCGUGGAUACAAUUCUUGACAAAGAAAAUUUUACAUUGGAAGAACUUCUUGACGAGGAUGAAAUUAUUCAGGAGUGCAAAGCACUUAACUCACGACUCAUAAACUUGUAAUUUCUUAUUGAUUUCUGUGAUAUGAGCAGCAUGAUCAAUCUACUGAUGCAACUUACCUUAGUAUUUAUUUUUUGUGUGAGCUGUAUUAAUAUAAUUUCACUUGUAAAUUGUGAGACAUAGAGUGGAGGUUGCUGUGGCAAAUGAAAUGCCUAUUAGAGUAGUAAUAACAAUAAGUAAUCAAUAAGCAUGUUUAUAUGAUAUACUUGUCUUAUUUCUGCACUUAUUGUUCCUGCAAAGGUACUUGUUGAAGUGUAUAAGUGGAUUCACUAGUCACUACCUUCUAUUAACGACUUAAUCUUUUGGAUUGAACUAGCUAGUGCGUGCACUCUAACAUGGUAGUAAAGCCAGAUGUCUUGAGUUCGAAUCCUGCCAGAGGCUUUAUUUGUGCCUCUGCUCCUUUAUUUCCACGUUUGCACCUUUCUCUCUAGUUGCACGUGAGUGAGGGUGUUGAAAUGUAUAAGUGGAUUAACUACCUUCUCCUAACGGCUUAAGCUUUUGGGUUGAACUGGCUAGUGCUAACAGUCCUCAUAUGCACGUGAAAUUGUAUUUCAUUUAACUAUAUAUAUUGAUUAUUGGUACUAUUCUAUAUAUAGUUUGUAUUAUCUGCAAAGAAGUAUGCUUUUGUCUUUGGGCCAAAAUGUGUUACUAUCUCUACUUACAUUUACAUGACAUUUCAGACAACAAAAGCAUACAGAAUACUCCAUGCAGUUCAAUAAUUCUGUCUGAAAAGUUAUGUGCACACUGGUGGGAGUAGUUAAUUAUUACUAAACCUAGUAGACCACAGCACAUUUUCUUGUUGGAGGAUAUUGCUCUUACGUGACAAGGCUCAGGUGGAACAGUUGCUUCGUUAUGUUGUGGAAGAAGUUCCAGAUGAUGCUGAAAGGAAGCGAUCUUUCAAGUUCCCAUUUAUUGCUUCUGAAAUAUUUACUUGCGAAAUCGAUGUCAUUUUGAGGACCCUAGUAGAGGAUGAAGAGCUAAUGGAUUUGCUUUUCUCAUUUGUGAAACCUGAUCAUCCGCAUAGUACAUUAUUGUCUGGUUACUUCAGUAAGGUGGUAAUAUGUUUGGUGCUGCGGAAGACUGCUCCACUUAUGAGUUAUGUUCAGGGGCAUCCAGAGAUAGUUGUCCAGCUUGUUGACCUGAUUGGCAUCACAUCGAUAAUGGAGGUGCUGAUACGACUGAUUGGUGCUGAUGAGACCAUAUAUUCAAACUAUGGUGAUACGUUGCAGUGGUUAGAAAAUACAAAUGUACUUGAAAUGAUUGCAGAUAAGUUUAACUCGUCGGAUUCUCCUGAAGUGCAUGCCAAUGCUGCGGAAAUUCUAUGUGCAGUUACUCGGUGUGCGCCUCCAUCUCUUGCUGCAAAGAUAUGCAGUCCAAGUUUUGUUCGGAGGUUGUUCCAUCACGCUCUUGAAGAAUCAAGACCCAAAUCUGUUCUGCUUCAUUCACUGUCAGUGUGCAUAUCUUUGCUGGAUCCAAAAAGACUAGCAUCAGCUUCGUAUCAAGCAUUCAAAAGCAACUUAAGUCAUGGGGCAUUGGUCAUGGCCAGUCCAGAGACAGUUGAUGGUAUGCUUGAGAGUCUAGGCAACUUGCUGAAUUUAUUGGACACAUCGGCUGCUGAAAGUGUGUUGCCAACAACUUAUGGAUGUUUGCGCCCACCUCUUGGAAAACAUCGUCUGAAGAUUGUUGAAUUCAUCUCUGUGCUGCUUACAAUUGGAAGUGAAACUGCAGAAAAGGAGCUAGUAAGACAGUCAGCAAUAAAGCGAUCGAUUGAUUUGUUCUUUGAGUAUCCAUAUAACAACUUUUUGCACCAUCAUGUUGAGAAUAUAAUUGUUUCUUGCCUGGAGGGUAAAAGACCUGAAGUUGUUGAGCAUGUUCUUCAUGAAUGUGAUAUUGUUGGUAAAAUUCUUGUUUCAGAAAGGCUUUCAUCUUUGUCGACUGAGUCUAAUGGGCCUACUGUUCCCACUGAAGGAAAAACACAUCCAAGAGUUGGAAAUGUUGGCCACAUGACAAGAAUAGCCAAUAAGCUUAUUCAGUUGGGCAACAGUAACAACACAAUCCAGGCUCACUUACAGGAAAAUAAUGAGUGGGUUGAAUGGCAAACAAAUGUGCUGGUCAAACGUAAUGAAGUAGAGAAUGUUUAUCAUUGGGCUUGUGGGCGCCCGGCGUCAUUACAUGACCGUGGUAGGGACAGUGAUGAUGAUGACUUCCGGGACAGGGACUACGACGUGGCAGCUCUUGCUAAUAACUUAAGUCAGGCAUUUCGUUAUGGGAUAUACAGCAGCGAUGACAUCGAAGAGGCACAAGGAUCACUUGAAAGAGAUGAUGAGGAUGUGUAUUUUGAUGAUGAAUCAGCUGAGGUGGUAAUAUCUUCUUUGCGUCUGGGAGAUGACCAGGAAGGCUCCCUCUUUACAAAUUCAAACUGGUUCACAUUUGAUGGAGAGAGAGGCAUUGAUGACCGAUCAUCUGCCUCUGUUCCUUCAUCAUCCCCCAAUUCUGAGGAGACAUCACUAAAGACUGAGGAAGCUGAUGAUGGUAAAGUCAUUGGCACUGAGGAUGAAAUGGAAACAGUGUAUCUUGGAAAUGGUAGUGUUGAGGAGGUAAAAGAUGUAGCAGAAUGUACUGAACAGCCAAAUUGUUGUACUGAGGAAGAGCGAUUGAAAAAUGAAGAAGGGAUGGAAUGGCAUCCAAAUGCUUCAAAUAACGAUACCGAGGCUGAGGCUGCCGCAGAGUCUUCAGCCCCAUCAGUUGAGAUAGUGGCAGAGAAAACAGUAGAUGAACCAUUAGAGGUGGGAAGAAAAUUGGAUGAACCGGCAGAAUCAUCUUUGGACAGUUCUGUCUCUGUAGCUUUGCCAGCUCCUGUUAACGGUAGUGAGCCUGCCAACUCGGAAGUAUCUUCUGAACAAGUAGCCCAUGCCACUGAUGUGCAGCAACCAGUGAAGGAAGCUCCUGCCGAGGAUGAUGAUGCAAAGAAAACUGAUGCAGCCAAAACAAACGAGUGAAGUAGCAACAUGCUGGGCUGAGCUGAUCAGAGCGAUUGCUUGUGAACUGAAAACUCUGUAGAGUGCAGCUUGGGCAUCCAUCUUGCUUCAUGUGUGCUCAGCUGCCACAAGAUAGUCUGAAGCAAACUGCUGUACAAUAAGCAAGUAAUUGCUCUACCAUCAACCGUGGCAUGCCACUGUACAAAUGAGCACCACUGACUAACGCACGUCAGUCGCCUUGUCUGAAACUGGUCAUUUUCUUUGAAGUUCACCCUCCAGUCCAUGUGCUUUGGUGGCAGUCUUCAUGGCAUGGUAUAUGAUACCUGAAAGAACAUUCUUUGGGUGGCAACUGGUUUUGGCUACUUAGUCUUCUGUUGCUUUAGGUUAACUUUGGAACUGUAAUAUGAGAUGUGAUUUUAUUUCUAGUCUAGCUAUUGUAUUUUUUUUUCGGACUCUACAUGUGUCAGUUCGAUUUGAACAUGUUAUUUUUUUCAUAAAGAUUUGAAGACAUCUUGAUCGA